AUGUCGGAAAGCAGAUUUCUCAGCCUACCGCCAGAAGUGCUCUUAGAGAUAUGUCGACACCUGGCAGCACCGAUGCAAAAGGCAUCCUCGAGCCACUGGUGUCGUUUCCGCGUCAACGACAGCAGCGGCACCAAGACAAGAGACCCCGACGUCCUCGCAUGUGGCGUAGCCCUUGCCCGGCUUAUACGGACGUGCAAAGCCAUGCACUCGGUGGCGGGCUGUAUGCUCUACCCGGGCUACUACAACAUCCGCCACCCCUCCGAAGCCUUCACCUUCUUUCCGAGUUUCCCGCCCCGGAUAACUUCUCGGUCCCGGAGAACAUUUGACAAUGGAGCGCUCAAUAGGGGGUCAGAGAUGGAAAUCCCCAGCAGGCCUCAGUAUCGCGAACUAGUCGGGCAUGUACAGAUUCACAACGACAGCACUCUAGACAUGGACUGUUCAGAAGAACAGAUGAGCAGCCUCGACGCAGAUUGGCUCACCAACGCCGCAGACCGUCUGGGAAUCUCCUUCCCCAACGACUGGAACAAAUGUCGUCUAGAAUGCGGACCGCAAGAUCACGUCGCCAAGUACAUUGCUCAGCUCCUCCUCCGCUACCUCCCCAAUCUGCUCAGCCUCAAAGUCACUCUCACCCGUCCAUGGAAGUUCACCCUCCUCAAGAACUGGAUACAAACCAACGAAAUCGCACACAACGCUUUCCUGUGGACGCUGAAAAACCUCACCAUCCAUCUCCGUUCCAUCGAGGCCCGGAGCUCGCCGAGCCACAGAAUCAUACUCAACAGCGCUUCCUACCUCACCACGCUCCACGUCCACGAUACGUGCUCCUUUCGAAUCCCAAAGGGUAUCCGCCUCGAGCACCUCCGUUCGCUCACCUUUGCAUCCUGCUCCAUGGACCGAAGCAGCAUGAAGAACGCCCUGCAAGCCACGCCCAAGCUCAUCAGCUUCGAGUACCACGCCAGACCGUCGACGGCGCAAAACACGCACAAGAGACCGCUUCUCACGCCGCGGAUGCUAUGCCAGCUCCUCAGCAACGACUUCGACCGCACGGAGCCGCCCUUGCGCAAUGGCCGAGGCGAGGUGGUUUCUGCUGUGCUACCAGAGUUCCAUCGUCAGCUCAGGAUGCUCGUCAUCGACUUCCCUGUUGGCGAGGACGAGAGUACUUGGUGGAAACGCGAGGAGACGAUUGCCAACAUGCGGGACUUUAGGCUGUUGAAGCACCUGAGCAUCGAUGCGGGCAGCAUCACCUGCCGAUCCCAGGGCGGAGGAAUCAUCGUCAAUGACCUGAACGAGCUGAUCCCUGAGAAGCUGGAGGGCUUGGCGAUUACGCGCGUGGGAGAGUGUUUCGACUAUCUGGUGCAGACGAGUCUGCCAGAGUUGUCUCGCGAGCUUAGGAACGGGCGGUCCAGCUCCUUGCACAGGGUUGGAAUCUUGCAUUGUGCCAUCGACGAGUUUACGCGGUACAAUGCCUUGCACAGCCUCCGAAGGCUGUUCGUGUGGAGAAUCCGCAUCGGUGUGUGUAAUUCGUGGUUUGAAGGGGAGAUCUCCAAGGUUACUGAUACUCGGAUUGUUCAACCGCCCGGACACGCAACAUCGCCCGUACUUGAAGAAUCAUUCAAGGGGUUUCGAGAUGUGAUGAAGAACUCAUCGUAA